UUAAUAGGAUAUGUGCAAGACGACGAUCAUCGACGGACACGACGAAUUCGACGGUCUCACAGUUUGUCAAACGCAUAACUUAGAUAUUAAUUUUCCAAUCGAGCUAGAAUGCCCCAAGACACGGUGGAGACGUUCGCACGAGGCCUGAUAGAUCAGAUAGUAUUGAAAGCUUUUGAUAAAAUUAAAAUAGAAUUCAAGAAAGGUCCUAAAAAAAUCUUUACGAUCGUUAGACUCAUUGGUACCGAGAAAAUCCUACUCAUAUUGUUUCAUUUAUCUGCAGAAGUGUCAUAUAAUCAUAUGCAACGCAGUGACACGUAUACGGAUCACAACGAGGGGGAAGGAAAGGAAGUGACAGAGAGUGUGGUCCAUGACUUACGAAGUGUGCAAAUUGGUGACUCGUCUUAUAUAUUAUCGUGCCCCAUCUCACUUUUGGAUCGCCAGAUGAGACGGACUGCGUGCUUCAUCGAUAGCACAACGAUCGACAAUACGGUCGAUGUCGUCGAGAUAUCCGACAUCCAAGGUCAGGGUGACGUCGAGCCGAUCGCAUACGAUGCCGAGUCUUCGAAGAAGAAACGUACAAAGUCGUCGACGUAUAGCAAAGAAAGAGAGCAACCCGGUACUAACGAUGCCACCACCAAAGUAUCUAUCAAUCUGUUGCACCGGAUGAUCGAGGAGUUGGAGACCGUGACCGAGGAGACCAUCCUAAAUCGCAACGACGCUGGCAAAUCGAAUGAAAAGUUCAAAGAAGAAAUUACGAUUUGGGAGGAAAAAGAGGAAAAGUUGAUUCGAAUAAUCGAAGAUACCGAAGGAUCGCACGAGAGCAUCACCGAGGAAUCUCGAUCGAUCAGACAAUUCGUAGACGAGGAUAGGGACGAACUGAAGUCGUCGAUGAUGAUGUCGGGUGCGUCUUCUUCGAGGAAUCUUUCGUUCGACGAGGUUUAUCUCGAGGAAAAUGCCACGGAUUAUCCGCCACGGCGAACGUCCAUCGACGAGAUCGAAGAAGCUCAUGAUUUCUCCGUGGAAACGAAAGAAACCGACAAGAAAAUCAAGUCGAAGAGGAAGAAGAAGAAAAGGGAGAGCUUGGGCCGAAGGCUCAAAAGAUUCUUCCUAAAGAGAUUCAAGCGUGGAAAGAAUUGAUGGGAUGUUUUCGUACGAGGACCGAGACGCAACUUUGGAAGCGUUUCUCCAUUUUUAUACAUGCAUAUCUACAUAUUUGCUCUGAUAGUACUAUUUUCUAGCAACGCGACGCUCUACGAUGAACAUAGCGUCGAUCGGUUGUGUCGACGGUGCCGAGCAAGUAAAAAUAGCCGGGCAGUCUGAUCAUCGCAUAGUCCUCCGACGGAAUUACGUCUGAGGGGGAGGAAAAGGCGUCGCGUUAAGAAAAGAAAAGAAAAGAAAAGAAAAGAAAAGAAAAGAAAUUGAAAA